AUGGAUUCCAACGAAGCGGAAAGUUUUGAAAAGUGUGAUCCCGAGGAUGAGCUUAUGCUCAACAAACGUGUGGUGAAUAAAAUCGGUGAGCGAAAUGUACGGUCCUGCAAUCUGCCUCAAAAAUCGAUACGUUUCGUCAAAGACUGGGUAACAACACUGGUGGAAGAAAAAUGGCGCUACGUAUUGUUCGUGUUCGUAUCCAGCUACGUCGGAAGUUGGGUACUGUUUGCCGGUCUGUGGUACAUUCUAUCGUACGCUCACGGUGAUCUUCUGGAGCAUAAUCCAACCACCGGCGAGCGGAUGGGAGACGGCGUAAUGCCAUGCGUGCAAGGUGCAACCACAUUUCCCGGAUUCCUGCUCUUCAGCAUGGAAACACAAAUAUCGACCGGAUACGGUGAGAAAGUCCCAACCGAGGAAUGCCCGGAAUCGUUCGGUUUGCUUACGAUACAACUGAUCGUCGGUUUGCUGAUCGACGGUGCGAUCCUUGGUGUGGUGUACGCAAAGUUGGUCCGUCCGCCGCAGAAAAUAUCGGAGAUGAAGUUUAGUAGACGAGCCGUGAUCUGUCAGCGAGAUGGGAAGCUUUGCUUUGUGUUUCGCAUCUGCGAUCGCAAGUGGCAGCAUGCGAUCGAGACUAAGGUAACGGCCGUUAUGCUCGAAUCAAGACGCACCGCUGAAGGGGAGUUAGUCGAAAAACACGAAUCAUAUCUGAAGCUUGAGAAUGAUGGACGAUUAGUGUUGCUGUGGCCAGUUACCGCUUGCCAUGUAAUCGAUCGCAAUAGUCCGCUGUACGAUCUGUCGGCAGAGGAACUGCUCAGGCGAAAGUUGGAAAUUGUGGUAACGAUUACGGGUGGUACGAUGACGACUGGACAGAUUAAUCAGGCGCGCACAUCGUACGUACCGGGUGAGAUUUGUUGGGGCCACCGGUUCCGUAACAUGGUGGAGUACGAUACACGAAAGCAGUCGUAUGUGGCGGUGAACGAACGUAUGCACGAUAUAGAGCCGGUCGAUACGCCGCUGUGCAGUGCACGUCAGUUAGAUAUUUUGAAGAAACGAUUACAGGACCGGGUUUUGAAGGACGAAAAGCUUCCAGAACCAACAGUUCAAUAA